AUGCAAAAUAUUCCUGAAAAUAAUAUCAACUUGAAACUUAUGGAUUUAAAGUUGAAAAAAUUUCCCAAUAUAAUGCUUGGAAUAAAUGAAAAGAAUUUUAUUCAAUCUUUCAUGUUGGAUAAGGACAUUUCCAUUCCAUCUCUAAUAAGGAUUUCUACUAUGCACUUGGUAUCAUUAUUGAGAAAUUUGUGA